CUAUCCCGCCUGUAUAAAAAGAAGGCUCAAGUCCAACUGAGCAGAUCCUUUUACACACGCAAAGACCAAAGACCAAAAGGCCUUCUUACACGCCAACCGCUGCCAAGGACAACUUUCACUUUUGGAUUACACUCAAAGGUGGAUCCGCUCACCAGGUCCUAAUGCUGGGUCCUGAUGCCGGGUCCUGAUGCCGGGUCAUAAUGCCGGGUCCUGAUGCCGGGUCCUGAUGCCGGGUCCUGAUGCCGAGUCCUGAUGCCGGGUCCUGAUGCCGGGUCCUAAUGCCGGGUCCUGAUGCCGGGUCCUGAUGCCGGGUCCUGAUGCCGGGUCAUAAUGCUGAUGCUGGGUCCUUAUGCCAGUCGCACCAUGAAGCUCCUCCUGUGCAGCGCCGUGGUCCUGCUCCUAGUGGCGGCAGAGGGAAGUGCAGACACAAGCCCCCUCAGAAGGACCAAGAGGGAGCUGGCGGGGCCGCUCCACACGGGCGGCAUCCGUGACCCGUUUGGCUCGUACUGCCAGAGGAGAGGAGGCUGCUGCCCGGGAAGGGACGACCUUUGCACCGUGCCUUACUUGGACACCAUCUGCUACUGCGACCUCUUCUGCAACCGCACCGUGUCCGACUGCUGCCCCGACUUCUGGGGUCACUGCCUGGGUGUGGCCCCUCCUUUCAUUGGCUCCUGUGAACGAAACGGCAACAGGUUCUUCUCGGGUCAAACCUACAAGGAGAACUGCAACUUGUGCACAUGCGGCACCACGGGACGCUGGGAAUGCGAGCAAAAUGCCUGCCUGAUGGACAGGGACAUGAUCCACGCCGUCAACAGAGGGAAUUAUGGAUGGCGGGCCGCUAACUACACCCAAAUGUAUGGCAUGACCCUGGACGAGGGCAUCCGCUACCGGCUGGGCACGCAGAGACCCUCCAGGAACAUCAUGAACAUGAAUGAGAUCCAGAUGAACAUGGAUUCCCAGGGCGACGUCUUGCCGCUGUCUUUCAACUCGGUGGACAAGUGGCCCGGGAAGAUCCACGAACCGCUGGACCAGGGCAACUGUGCCGCCUCCUGGGCUUUCUCCACGGCUGCCGUGGCAUCUGACAGAAUCUCCAUCCAGUCCAUGGGUCACAUGACUCCUCAGCUGUCGCCGCAGAACCUCAUUUCCUGCGACACGAGGAACCAGGGCGGUUGCGCCGGGGGGCGUGUCGACGGCGCCUGGUGGUAUCUCCGCCGCAGAGGGGUGGUGACAGAGACCUGCUACCCAUACCAGCCCCCCCAGCACACGCCGGCAGAGGUGGCCCGCUGCAUGAUGCAGAGCCGCUCGGUGGGGCGGGGCAAGAGGCAGGCCACCCAGCACUGCCCCAACGCCCACAACUACCACAACGACAUCUACCAGUCCACGCCGCCGUACAGGCUCUCGUCCAACGAAAAGGAGAUCAUGAAGGAGAUUAUGGAUAACGGCCCCGUGCAAGCCAUCAUGGAGGUCCACGAGGAUUUCUUCAUCUACAAGAGCGGCAUCUACAAGCACACGGACGUCAGCUUCACCAAGCCGCCGCAGUACCGCAAACACGGCACGCACUCUGUCAGGAUCACGGGAUGGGGCGAGGACAGGAACCUUGACGGAACCACCAGGAAGUACUGGAUUGCCGCCAACUCCUGGGGGAAGAACUGGGGCGAGGACGGUUACUUCCGCAUCGCCCGCGGGGACAACGAGUGCGAGAUAGAAACGUUUGUGAUUGGCGUGUGGGGCCGCAUCACCAUGGAGGACAUGCACCACCACCACCACCACCAUCAUCGUCGCCGCCAUGUUUAGACACCGGGACAGGAACCACCUCACCUCCUCGUCCUCUUCGUCAUCAGUCCCGCAAGGGAACCACACCAGGAGCCUCAGAACUUUUAAACCAACCUCAGCAAACAGGAAGUGUGUGGGAGGAGCUUAAAUCCAACCCAUUUCCUGUCUCUUCACACCAAAAGAACGAAGCUCAAGCCAUGUGAGGCGCCUCAGGUACCGAACCAAAGAUUCCCCAGCGGUCCUCAGCUUCACCAUGGAACCCCCACCAGCACCCGUUUGAUGUUCUUCAUCCUUCCUGUCCUUUCCAAAACCACUAAGAGCAAUUUGGGGGAAAGAGGGAAUCUGACACAGGGACACGCCCGGUCCUUCCCUGGAACACGACCGUGGUGGUCUAGUAUUGACUUCAGGACAAAAGUGUAGAAGAAGAAGCUGCAGGCAGUACACACUCAUUACUUCUGCCGUCUCUGUAUCCAAUAUAGUACAGAGGGAACCCGCUUAUGUGUCUGCAACCCCUUGGUAUUGAGAGCCCUGUGUCGGGAACCCCUCGAUGUCGACAACCCCUCUAAACAGUCCCCUUAUGUUGACAACACCUUG